UUUCAGAUCCAUCUUGGGCAUGUAUACCUUUUUAUUUCUUCUCCUAUCUCUUCUAGCAGUUGAUGCAGGAAAAAUUCUUGUGUACAGUCCAUCCAUAAGUCGGAGUCAUUUAAUUUCAAAUGGAAGAAUUGCUGAUGCACUCGUUGACGCAGGUCACGAUGUUGUUAUGUUCAUUACUGAAUAUGAACCAUUAACUGAAUUCACUGGAACUAAGAAGGCUAAAGUUAUCACUAUGAAAGGAUUUAGUACAAAGUUUGCUGAAGACAUGGAUGGAAUCGGAGAAUACCUAUUAUCGAGCUCCAGAUUAAGCUUUUUGGAAAGAUUAAUGUUUGAGAAAACGUGCACAGGCGCGUGUGAUGAUUUAAUGACAAGACGCGAGGAAUUAGAACAACUGAGAGCUUACAACUUCGACGUGGCAUUCAGUGAACAAAUUGAUUUGUGUGGAGUUGGAAUUGUCAGAUAUCUUGGAAUUAAAAAUCAUUUAUGGAUUUCAACUACACCAAUUAUGGAUGCAGUUAGUUAUAAUUUGGGAAUUCCAGCACCAAGUUCGUAUGUUCCAACAAUCGAAGAAAAUGACAAUGGUGAUAAGAUGGAUUUUUGGCAGAGAACUUUCAACUUGUAUAUGAAAAUUGGUUCAAUCCUUAUUCAUAGAUACGGAACUGAUGGAACUACAGAGGUCUUCCGUAAGUACAUCCCAGACUUCCCAAAUGUCAGAGAAAUCGCUGCAAACUCUUCACUUUGCUUUGUAAAUUCCGAUGAAGUACUUGAUUUACCAAGACCAACUAUCACAAAAGCAAUUUAUGUCGGUGGAUUGGGAAUUCCAAAAGUUAGCAAACCACUUGAUAAGAAGUUCACAAACAUAAUGUCAAAAGGAAAAGAAGGUGUCGUAAUCAUUUCACUUGGUUCAAUCAUACCAUUUGGAGAUCUACCAGCAGCGGCAAAGGAAGGGGUAUUGCGUGCAAUCCAGGAAAUAUCAGAUUAUCAUUUCCUUAUUAAAAUUGCCAAAGGCGACAAUAAUACCAAGAAAUUGGUCGAAGGAAUUAAAAACGUGGAUGUAGCUGAAUGGUUACCACAAGUAGAUAUUCUUUCUCAUCCAAGAUUGAAGCUUUUUGUAAUGCAUGGAGGAAUUAAUGGAUUAGUUGAAACAGCUAUCCAGGCAGUUCCAACUGUAAUUGUUCCUGUUUUUGCUGAUCAAUUUAGAAAUGGACGAAUGGUUGAAAAGAGAGGAAUUGGCAAAGUUCUUCUGAAAUUGGAUAUUGGAUAUGAAAGCUUCAAAAACACAGUUCUAACAGUUUUAAACACUCCAAGUUACAAAAAAAAUGCGAUAAGAAUUGGGAAAAUGAUGAGAGACAAGCCAUUCAGUCCAGAAGAACGCCUUACAAAAUGGACACAAUUUGCAAUUGAUCAUGGCGUUUUGGAAGAGUUACACGUGGAAGGAUCAAGAUUAAAUACAAUUAUUUAUUAUAAUCUUGAUGUUAUUGCUUUUGUCCUAUUCGUGUUCGUUGCUGUUCUUCACGUUUUCAUUUAUGCUUUCAAGUUUCUGUGCUGUAAGAAGAGAUCUCAGUCGAAUAUUAAAAAAUCUAAGAAAAAUAAUUAGCUGAUAUUUAUAGUCUCUUUUAAUAAAAAUAUUAAAAAUAAAUGUUAUUUUCCA